CCGGUCCCCGCGGCUCGGCUCGGGCUGCACGGCUUCCCCCGCUUCCCCCGCUUCCCGAGGGGCCGGCCCAGGUCCGGGGAGGGGCGCGACCGCCUUCACUUCCCGCUCGCCGGCCUCGGAGGCGGCGGGACCCGCGCGGGCGCAGGGCGCAGGGCUGCGGGCGCACGGCUGGGGCGCGGGGCGGGGACGCGGCCGCCGCCCGCUUGGGAACCGCUCUUCCUUAGCCCGAGCGGCGUUCGGCCCGGCGUCGAGGAGGCCAUGGCGACCCUGAGCACGCUCCCCACCCACCCUGCCUGCUCCGCCCUCCCCUCCGCCCCGCGUCGCCUUUGAUGGCUCGGACCUCGGCCGGCCGCCGCCAGCCCUGAGCGCGCGCUCCCGCCGCCGCCGCCGCCGCCGCCCGCGGGGAUUCACAGCCGAGCGCCCGCCGCCCGCACAGCCCGGAGCCGCCGCGCCCUCUGCACCGCGGGCCGGGAGCCCGGAGCCCGGAGGAGCGGGAGCCAGAGCCGCCGGCGCCGGGAGAUAUUAUAUGACCUUUCAUCAUGGGGGAAAUAGAGCAGAAGCCAACUCCAGGAUCGCGACUGGGGGCCCCAGAAAAUUCAGGGAUCAGCACCUUGGAACAUGGACAGAAGCCGCCUCCAACACCUUCCGGAAAACUCAUGUCCAUCAAAAUCCAAAUGCUGGAUGACACCCAGGAGGCGUUUGAAGUUCCACAAAGAGCCCCGGGGAAAGUGUUGCUGGAUGCGGUGUGCAACCACCUCAACCUCGUGGAGGGUGACUAUUUUGGCCUUGAGUUUCCUGACCACAAGAAGAUCACGGUGUGGCUGGAUCUCUUAAAACCCAUUGUCAAGCAGAUUAGAAGGCCAAAGCAUGUUGUUGUUAGGUUUGUGGUGAAAUUCUUUCCACCUGACCACACGCAACUCCAAGAAGAACUCACAAGGUACCUGUUUGCUCUGCAAGUGAAGCAGGACCUGGCUCAGGGCAGGCUGACGUGUAACGACACCAGCGCUGCCCUCUUGAUCUCACACAUUGUACAAUCCGAGAUUGGGGAUUUUGAUGAAGCAUCGGACAGAGAACACUUAGCAAAAAAUAAGUACAUACCUCAGCAAGACGCACUAGAAGACAAAAUUGUGGAAUUUCACCAUAGCCACGUUGGACAAACACCCGCAGAAUCAGAUUUCCAGCUCCUGGAGAUUGCCCGGAAGCUGGAGAUGUACGGGAUCCGGUUGCACCCGGCGAAGGACAGGGAAGGUACCAAGAUCAACCUGGCUGUUGCGAACACAGGAAUUCUCGUGUUUCAGGGCUUCACGAAGAUCAAUGCCUUCAACUGGGCGAAGGUGCGGAAGCUGAGCUUCAAGAGGAAGCGCUUUCUCAUCAAGCUCCGCCCUGAUGCGAAUAGCUCGUACCAGGACACCUUGGAAUUCCUCAUGGCCAGCCGCGAUUUUUGCAAGUCCUUCUGGAAAAUCUGUGUUGAACAUCACGCGUUUUUUAGACUUUUUGAAGAGCCCAAACCAAAGCCAAAGCCUGUUCUUUUCAGUCGAGGGUCAUCAUUUCGGUUCAGCGGCCGGACUCAGAAGCAGGUUCUCGACUACGUUAAAGAAGGAGGACAUAAGAAAGUGCAGUUUGAAAGGAAACACAGCAAGAUUCACUCCAUCCGAAGCCUUGCUAUGCAGCCCACGGAGCCGAAUUCGGAAGUGCCAAAACAAGCUCAGCAGAGGGCCAGCCUCACUCCCGGUGAAGGUGCUGAAUCCCCAGGCGGCCAGAGCUCCCAGCAAGCAAAGGAACGGAAGGCGUCCGCCGAGGAGAGCGGGCCGCGCCAGAGCCCCGCUCUGCAGAAGAGCCCGGCGGGUCACCAGCGGGCCGGUGUGGCCGUGGAGGCGGCGGCGGCGGUGGCGGAGGAAGAGGAGGAGGUCGCCAAGGACAGGACCCAGCAGAGUAAACCUCAGCCCCCACAGCCAAGCACAGGCUCCCUGACUGGUAGCCCUCACCUUUCAGAGCUGUCCAUCAACUCGCAGGGAGGAGCGGUUCCCGCCAGCGUGAUCUUGUCUCCCAACCUGAGCCCCGACACCAAGCAGGCCUCCCCCUUGGUCAGCCCGCUGCUGAACGACCAGCCGUGCCCACGGACCGACGAGGAGGAGGAAGGCCGGAGAAAGACUUGGCAGCGAUUCCCAACUGACAAAGCAUACUUCAUCGCUAAGGAAGUGUCUACCACGGAGCGAACAUAUCUGAAGGACCUUGAAGUCAUCACCUCGUGGUUUCAGAGCGCAGUGAGCAAGGAGGACUCCAUGCCCGAAACACUGAAAAGUCUCAUAUUCCCGAACUUUGAACCUUUGCACAAAUUUCAUACAAAUUUUCUCAAGGAAAUCGAGCAACGACUAGCCCUCUGGGAAGGCCGCUCCAACGCCCACAUCCGAGGAGAUUACCAAAGAAUCGGGGACGUCAUGCUGAAGAACGUGCAGGCCAUGAAGCAACUGGCCGUGCACCUGUGGAAGCACGGCGAGGCCCUGGAGGCGCUGGAGACCGGCAUCCGGAGCUCCCGGCGGCUGGAGAACCUGUGCCGAGACUUCGAGCUGCAGAAGGUGUGCUACCUGCCGCUCAACACCUUCCUCCUGCGCCCGCUGCACCGGCUCAUGCACUACAAGCAGGUCCUGGAGCGGCUGUGCAAGGACAACCCGCCCAACGAGGCCGACUUCAGGGACUGCCGAGCGGCGCUGGCGGAGAUCACGGAGAUGGUGGCCCAGCUCCACGGUACGAUGAUCAAGAUGGAGAACUUCCAGAAGCUGCACGAACUCAAGAAAGACUUGAUCGGCGUCGACAAUCUUGUGAUCCCAGGAAGGGAAUUCAUUCGCCUGGGAAGCCUCAGCAAGCUCUCCGGGAAGGGGCUGCAGCAGCGUAUGUUUUUCCUGUUCAACGACGUCCUGCUGUACACAAGCCGGGGACUGACCAUCUCGAAUCAGUUCAAAGUGCACGGGCAGCUCCCGCUCUACGGCAUGACCAUCGAGAGGAGCGAAGACGAGUGGGGCGUGCCCCACUGCCUCACCCUGCGGGGCCAGCGCCAGUCCAUCGUCGUGGCCGCCAGCUCCCGGGCCGAGAUGGAGAAGUGGGUGGACGACAUACAGAUGGCCAUCGACUUGGCAGAGAAGAGCAGCGGCCCCACUCCCGAGUUCCUCGCCAGCAGCCCCCCGGACAACAAGUCCCCCGACGAGGCCACGGUGGCCGACCAGGAGUCCGAGGACGACCUCAGCGCCUCCCGCACCUCGCUGGAGCGCCAGGCCCCGCACCGCGGCAACACCAUGGUGCACGUGUGCUGGCACCGCAACACCAGCGUCUCCAUGGUGGACUUCAGCGUGGCCGUGGAGAACCAGCUGUCUGGGAACCUGCUGAGGAAAUUCAAAAACAGCAACGGGUGGCAGAAGCUGUGGGUGGUGUUCACCAACUUCUGCCUGUUCUUCUAUAAGUCACACCAGGACAAUCACCCCCUGGCCAGCCUGCCCCUGCUGGGCUACUCGCUCACCAUCCCCUCCGAGUCCGAGGACAUCCACAAGGACUACGUGUUCAAGCUGCACUUCAAGUCCCACGUGUACUACUUCCGGGCCGAGAGUGAAUACACGUUUGAGAGGUGGAUGGAGGUGAUCCGAAGUGCCACCAGCGCGGCCUCCCGGGCCCACUCUCUGAGUCACAAAGAAUCCCACCUGUACUGACGGCCGGACGCCGUCAGCCGGCUCCGCCGUGGCUGCUCUCCUGGCAGCCGUUCUGUUAACGAUGCCUAGUAAAAUGAACGCCUGUCUGGAAAACACAAACCUGGUUUUACGGCCUCUCUCACCUGUCUCUGCAGAACCAUGUCUAACCUUGUCUCUCCGCCGUCCGUUUCCCACCCGAACAGAAGCGCCCCCACCUCCGACGCCGGGGGCACCUCCUGUCCUCCCCUCGACGGGCUGUUUCGAGCUUGUGCCAGUAUUAAAGCACUGUCAUUGAUGUAGUGCCAAAUGACAACUCCCCCCUCCACGACUGCGCCUUAACGCAGUCCACACACAUCCGUUUGACCAAAAGACAGGGCAAGUGCUCUCCUUCUCUCUCCGGGCUGCUGCAUUUUAUGAAAACGGAUUCUCCAGUGUUUGCAAUACACACGGCACAGUCUUAAGCAAAUGAGAUCAUUUUCAGAUUUCGCUUUUCUCCCCCAAUCUUUCUACUUUUAUAAUAAUAGGACGUUACUCCUUUGAUUAGUAAGCGAUUCGCCGCACACGAUGUGCCACUGUGGGGUCUCGCGCUCCCGUGAGACGCCGGCUCCCAGACCCACUUCCUGGUGCAAGCGGACCAAACUGUCCGCGCGAUGACUCUUGACGAACUGGAGCAGAAAGUCCGGUGCGACGUCUAGACUAUCACUGUACUGUGUGUGAGUGGUACAUAACCAUGGGAAGAUAUUAAGCUGUGGGUGUUUUGCUGUCUGUUUCACAAGCAUGAAGCCUGUAUGUCCGUGAGCAGGGCCAUUUGUGAUGUCGCGUUAUGGAAUUUGUGAGCUCCCGUGGGUGUGCGAACGCCCUGAAGGCUGGUGCAGAGUGUCUCCCCCCUCCCCUCCCCCACCCAUCGUCAUUCCUAUCUGUAUCCUCCUCAACUGUGGUUUGGAACUGCGCGUUCAGUAGUAGUAUAUAUCGUGCCUGUCUCCAAAAAGCAUUCUUUUUUCUUUUGUAUACUCAUUCCCCCAGGUACGGGGUAGGACAGUAUGACAUUGCACAACCUUGACAGUCAGACAACACAGGGAAUAUGGUUUCCAGUCACACUGGGCCUACUAGUCAGAACCCGUCUGCCUGUUCUCUGUGGGAGCGGUGGCUGCUAUUCCCCGGGGUCCCUAAGCCCUCUCUGAGGGGGUGCGGCAGGGCGGCCGAUCAGCACAGCCCUCCCCUCCCCACCACUGCGGGGACAGCCCCCACCUAAGGCGCAGGACUCCGUGGAGCUGUGACUGGCUGCGUGGGCUCGGCAAUGUACACAAGGACGAGUAGCUUGAGAUGUGUUAAUCAUUUGCCUUACAAUGUGUACCAGAUGGUUUUAAGUACUAACAAAAGGGAAUAAAAAUACCUCACGCCACAAUCCAGCAUACUGAAGUUUUAAGGCAAAAC